AUGAUGAGUGAUGAAAGUGACAUGUUGGCUUUGGCACCAGAGAAGAUGAAUGGCAUCGGAGCAGAUUCUAAGGCUCUGGAAUAUUCCAAUGGGUCUGAUUGCCAGUCUUCCACUUCUCUGUUCACAGGAAGCUUGCGAGCUCUGCACCUUGUGGAAGACCUGCGUGGACUGUUAGAGGGGAUGGAAACAGAGGAGAAGGAAGGCCUGAGAUGCCAGAUCCCAGACUCAACAGCAGAAGUGCUCGUUGAAUGGCUUCAGAGUCCAAUGACGAAUGGACGCCUUCCUGGGAACGGAGACGCGUAUCAGGAAAGGCUGGCACGUUUAGAAAAUGAGAACGAAUCCUUCGUUGGUCAGAUAAGUGUGUUAACAGACCAGCUGGAGGCUCAGCGAGAGAAGAUUAGAGACUUAGAGUCUUGUGUCCAAGAGCACAGAGAGAAGUUGAAUGCCACAGAAGAAAUGCUGCCGCAGGAACUUCUGAACAGGACUUGUUUAAGUACUGACAGACUGGAUCUGCUGGCUGAAGUUUGUGACAUGUUAAAAGUGAUGGCUAUGGAGAAGGUCAAAUUGGAUUAUGAAGACAAGUCUAGGGACACAGAGAGGCUAAAUCAGAAGGUCAAUGAUUUGAGGUUAAAUGUCAGUGAAAGAACUGAGUAUGACAAAAAGCUUCAAUCAACCAAACAUGAACUGGCAUCUUCAAAGGAGCAACUGGAAGAAAAGGAAUCUGAAAUAAAAAGGCUACCAAAAAAAUUUGUUUGCAAGAUGAAAAGAAAAGAGAUUGAAAUUCUCGAUAGAGGUAAGAAUGGUGCUCUUUGUAAAUCACUGAUUUAUAGACCAACAGAAGAAGGAUUCUUAACAAUUGUAACACCAAGAAAAUUAACACCUAAUUGUGUUCAUACCAUAUUUAAAAAUUCAUCAAGUCUUUGUUCUGUUCUUGGAACAGCUGACACAGAAAAGGAGACAGCAGAGCACCUAGAUCGGGCUGCAUCCUCUAAGAAGAAAGGUUCACGGGGGAACAGUACCUUUUUGGCGUCUCCACCGUCUCAGGAUUCCAAAAAGAAAUUCAGAGGUAUCACGAAACUCUUUCGAAGACAGUCUCAGGGACCAGCCAUUGCCUGCUAUGGAAUUUCUCUUCUAAGCAUCACUGGAAGUUUUCUCUCCAAAAGAGUGAGAAUUCUUUUAGCAGGCACUAGUCCUAUGGAAGAUUCAGAAGUGAGACAAAUAGAUGUGUUCUCUGAAGGCAUCGACAAUCUGACACACCUGUUAAAAGAAGAUGACAGGUUUAAAGACUUUGCUGCCCACUCCCCCAGAGCCCACAUCACAGACAAAGACUCAGAUGAUUGA